UAUGUAAAUGACGCAAGCAACUAGCAGGUUUUGUAAGAGGAUCAAACAUUUACUAAAGUGUAUGGGAGCGGUUUUGCGGAAAGUUUGCUUAUGCCCGUUUAUUUAAUAAACGAACAAUAUAGACGUAACUUUUAUUUUAAUGAACAUAUGUCUUGUUUGUUCACUAACGUUCAUAACAUUCUUUCAUUUAAAUUUAUUUAUUUUUUCCUUUGUUUACGCUCAUUAUUUUUUAGGGUGACUGGGUGAGUACAUUUAGUCUGGUUUAUGAAUGGUAGCAACCAGAAAUUGGUUUUUGGAUAGGGUUAAUAGUAAAGUAUAGUUUUAAGUUAGAGAUGAUAAAGGGCGGCACAUGUUAAGAAGUAAACAAAAUUUAUGAUGCAUGUGAUGUGGUGAUGGUCAUAACCACAAUCAGUCAGUCAUAUGUUUGUUAGAGAGAGAGAGAGAGAGAGACUAUUUGUGCGCCUUUAGAUUCUCUCUCGGGGCUCAGAAUCUCUCUAGAGAAUGUAAACCAGAGCAGAGAGAGAGAGAGAGAAAGAGAGCUUAUUAUUAUUCUAUUGCAAUUUGCUCCUUGAAUUGAAUUGAAUCCCCAAAACAAAACUAUUCAUACAUAUCAUAUGCAUGCUUGCUUCCUUUCUGCUGCUGCUUAUAUCCAUCCUGAAGCUGCUUGCUAGGUGUCGGUGGUAGUACUACUCAAAUGGCACCACUCUUCUUCCUUCUCCUUCUUCUUCUUCUGCCUCCAAACUCCAUCAUCGCCGACACAGAUCCAUCCGAUGUCUCUGCUCUGAAUGCCAUGUAUCAGAGUUUAAAUUCUCCGGGCCAAUUAACCGAAUGGAGCUUAAGCGGUGGCGACCCCUGUGAUGAAAACUGGAAAGGCAUCACCUGUUCUGGCUCAAGAGUCACAGAAAUAAAUCUAUCAAGUCUUGGGCUUUCUGGAGGAAUUGGAUAUCAACUUUCAAGUUUGACAUCAGUAACUAACUUUGAUGUAAGCAACAACAAUUUUGGAAAUCAGAUACCUUAUAGCCUUCCUCCAAACGUCACAAGAUUAAAUCUUGCCGGAUGUGGAUUUAGUGGCACCCUUCCAUAUUCCAUAUCACAAAUGACUUCUCUAAAGUUCUUAAAUGUUGCCCGCAACCAAAUUAGUGGCCCGUUGCCUGACAUGUUUGGGCAGCUUUCAGCUCUAAACUCUCUGGAUUUAUCUUCGAAUGCAUUUAUGGGUGACCUUCCUGAAAGCUUUAGCUUGCUGUCCAGUGCAACUGAUAUGUUUUUACAGAACAACCAGUUUACAGGCACCAUUGAUGUCCUUGCCAAUCUUCCCCUUAAAAAUCUGAAUGUUGCCAAUAACAAGUUUACGGGAUGGGUUCCUAGUCAGCUAAACAACAUAAAUCUGCAAAAGGAUGGUAACUCAUGGAACUCUGGGCCUGCACCCCCACCUCCUCCUGGCACACCUGCAGCCGAAAGGGGCGGUCAAAAUCGACAACCAGGUGGCAAUAGCCCGUCUGCUGGCGGUUCUAGUGGUGGUGGUGGGAAGAAGUCUGGUGUUGGUGGUGGAGCUAUAGCAGGAAUUGUGAUAUCCAUCUUGGUUGUUAGUGCAAUAAUAGCCUUCUUUUUGUUGAAAAAAAGAUCCAAAAAAUCAUCUACCGAUAUAGAAAAGACCGAGGACCAUUCCUUUCCCUAUGUUGCUCAACAGUCAGUUGAAGAAAUGAAGCCUGAUCAAGCUUCCUCCAUGGUCAACACAAAAACAUUUGAAACUGAAGCUGUUAUAGACCUAAAACCACCACCCUUUGAUCAUCAAAAAUCAUUUGAUGACGAUGGUUUCUCAGCGAUUCCUAUUACUCCCAAGAAAGUACACGUGGCCCCACCAGAUGUCACAUCAUUCUCAGUAGCUGACCUUCAAUUAGCCACAAACAGCUUUAGUGCUGAUAACCUCAUUGGUGAAGGAUCUAUUGGGCGUGUUUUCCGUGCUCAAUUUGAAGAUGGAAAAGUUGUUGCUGUUAAGAAGAUAAUAUCAUCUGCCAGUUCAGAUGAUUUCAUUGACGUGGUUUCGAAUGUAUCUAGAUUACUCCAUCCUAACAUAACUGAGCUCGUUGGCUACUGCUCAGAACAUGGUCAACACCUUCUUGUUUACGAGUUCCUUAAAAACGGCUCUCUCUAUGAUUUCUUGCAUCUCGCUGAUGAAUACAGCAAGCCAUUAAUAUGGAACACACGUGUCAAAAUUGCUUUAGGGACAGCUCGCGCCUUGGAAUAUCUACAUGAAAUAUGCUCGCCAUCUGUUAUUCACAAGAAUAUUAAAUCAGCUAAUAUCUUACUAGACUCAGAGCUCAACCCUCAUCUGUCUGAGUGUGGGUUAGCAAGCCUCAUCUCCGAUGCCGAUCAGAAUUCUGGAUACAGUGCCCCUGAGGUUUCCAUGUCUGGACAGUACACAAUGAAAAGUGAUGUAUACAGUUUUGGUGUUACCAUGUUGGAGCUACUUACGGGAAGAAAACCAUUCGAUAGCUCAAGGACGAGGGCAGAACAGUCUUUGGUGAGGUGGGCGACACCUCAGCUUCAUGACAUGGAUGCUCUUGCAAAGAUGGUUGAUCCAGCACUAAAAGGACUGUAUCCAGUCAAAUCUCUCUCUCGUUUUGCAGAUGUAAUCGCCCUGUGUGUACAGCCGGAGCCAGAGUUUCGACCAGCCAUGUCAGAAGUGGUUCAGGCAUUGGUUCGACUUGUGCAGAGGGCAAAUAUGAGCAAGAGAACUGUUGGUGUCGAACAAGGACGAUCUGGCAACCAGGAAUUUACGCCAUAAACAUUCUCCACCAUAUUCCCUUAUGUUUAUUACUUUACCAUUAGUUUAUCAUCAUAGUUUUGUUACAGUUGGUUUGUUUUGAUAAUUAUACGUUCUUGCAUUGAGUGUAUAAGUUAGAAACAAUAGUCAUGUGGCAAAGACAUUUCUUUAUUGUAUUUUAAUUAAUUUUAAUUUAAUUAUAUCUUCUUUAUUGUA